AGUACAAAAAAAAUAUGGGAAGAGCGCCGUGUUGCGACAAAACUGCGGUUAAGAAAGGGCCAUGGUCGCCGGAGGAAGACACCAUCCUUAAGUCAUACAUCGAGAAGCAUGGCACCGGCGGCAACUGGAUCGCCCUUCCUCAAAAGAUUGGGCUUAAGAGAUGUGGGAAGAGUUGUCGAUUGAGAUGGUUGAAUUAUUUGAGACCUAACUUAAAACAUGGAGGUUUCACCGAAGAAGAAGAUUACAUAAUUUGCAGCCUCUAUAUGAGUAUUGGAAGCAGGUGGUCUAUCAUUGCUUCACAAUUACCGGGAAGAACCGACAACGAUAUCAAGAACUACUGGAACACGAGGCUGAAAAAGAAACUGAUGGGAAAGCAAGGGAAGGCUUUUCAACAAUUCAAGCCUGAAACCGAAUCCAAAAGAUCGGCUCAAACCCAUGAUCGAAUCCAAACCGAAACGCGAGUUUUUCCUGAUAACCUUGAAACAUUAGACCAAACCCUUUUCAGUUGCCCGAAUUUCCCAUCCUUUGCCAUGGAGGAACAAACAAAUCAAAGCCAAGAACAGCCCGACAAGAACCCAAUUGAGACAUUUUCUUGGGAUCCAAACAAGGUUUUCAUUGAUGAUGAUGCCGCCUCAUAUUAUUACUAUCAUCAUCAUCAUCAUGGAAGUAGCAACUCCAUGAACAUUGCUGCUUCUUCAUCCCCAUCAUUAAACUCCAUGAAUAGCAGCACAAAUUCAUCCAUGCACGUGACUCAUUGCAACGUCAACGGCGAUCAAGAGGUUUUGACUGAGUUUGACAAUUUCCCGACCGAGCUUCUUGAUGAACUACUCUAUAACACAGCUCAAGAUGCAAGCAAUAUUGUUGCAGUGAAGACUUCUGAUCAAAACAGCAAUUGGAAUAAUACCAGCUUGAUCGUUGAUUAUUUGUAUGAUAAUGAAGUCUUUUCUUAGCGGAGAUUUUAUAUAUAUAUAUAUAUAUAUAGGUUGAUUCAUGCUUUGUGUUAUUGCUUUACAUGUUUAGCAGAGAUCUUAAAGAGCGGA